UGUCGUGUGACCCAGGCAGCGGGCAUGUAGGUCAUCUCUGAGGUCAACACUUAAUCUUGUGAAAGCCAUUCUAUGAAGUAAAAUAUCUAAAAGAGGUCGGUGCCAUCCCUUGAGGUCAGCUGUAUUGAGAUCAUGACGUGCAGUUAACUGAGGAGAUAGAUCAUAAGACAUAUCACGAGCACUUGUACUUCAACCGUAAACUGAUCGUCUUUGGAUAUUUGUCACUGAUCAACCAGCUAUGUCGCACGACUCGCCAACCAAAGGAGGUGAAAGUAAUGGGAUUAUACAAGACAAAAAGAGGACCUAUGGCACGACAAAAGCCUCUACAAGCCAGUCUCCGCAAACCAGUUCGAGUCCGGUGCAAAAUUUCUUCAGAGGGUUCUCGAGAAAGAAACAGAUAGAUCUGUCGAAUGUAGAGUUCACAGAGUUGAAACGGUGCUUGAACACGUUUGAUCUCACAGCCCUGGGUGUUGGCAGUACACUUGGCGUAGGUAUCUACGUCUUAGCCGGCCAAGUCGCCCGCCAAACCGCCGGUCCAGCCAUCGUUAUAUCCUUUGCUAUUGCCGCCUUCGCGUCCGUUCUUGCCGGAUUAUGUUAUGCAGAAUUCGGCGGACGAAUACCGAAGACAGGUUCGGCGUAUGUGUACAGCUAUUAUACGGUUGGAGAGCUUUGGGCGUUUAUCAUAGGUUGGAAUCUGAUUUUGGAAUAUACGAUAGGAACGGCAAGUGUGGCACGCGCCUGGAGUGGUUACUUCGACUCCCUGAUAGGCAAUGUCAUCACGAACUUCUUCCAGAGGACCAUGCCCAUGGAACUUACUGGACUUUCAACAUAUCCCGACUUCUUUGCAUUCGGCAUCACGAUGGUUCUAGCAAUCUUGCUGUUAUUUGGCGUAAAGGAGUCAUCAACUUUCAACAAUAUCUUCACGGGAGUUAACCUCCUCGUCGUGUCCUAUGUGGUAAUUUGUGGCCUAUUCAAAAUCGACAUCUACAACUGGACGAUACCAGCAAAAGAUGUUCCUAAAAGUACAAAUCCUCUUUACGAAAAUGGAGAUGGGGGUUUCAUGCCAUUUGGCUUCAAUGGGAUAGUCUCUGGUGCUGCCACCUGCUUCUUUGGCUUUGUGGGCUUUGACGUCAUCGCAACUACCGGCGAGGAAACGAAGAAUCCACAAAAAGCCAUCCCAAUAUCCAUCAUCAUUUCCCUCGUGAUCGUCUUCAUAGCCUACUUUGGGGUGUCCUCGGUCAUAACUCUCAUGGUGCCAUACUACACCCUCGACACCAGCGCCCCGCUCCCUAUCGUCUUCGACGCCGUCGGAUAUGGCGUAGCCAAAUACGUCAUAGCGGUCGGGGCUGUCUGUGCAUUGACUACUAGCCUCCUUGGUGGCAUGUUCCCCCUGCCCCGCGUCAUCUACGCCAUGGCCAGCGAUGGUCUCAUAUUCCGGUUCCUCGCCUCUAUCAACCCCUACACGAAAACACCAGUGAUUGCAACACUCCUUUCGGGAUUAUUCGCUGCUUCCAUGGCAUUGCUGUUUGACCUAAAGGAGUUGGUUGACAUGAUGUCUAUAGGAGUCCUAUUGGCCUACACCCUGGUAGCCGCUUGUGUCAUGAUGCUCCGGUACAGAAAACUUGAACUUCCAGUCUUGCCGGCCGAUCCACUGGGUGAAGCGCCCGACAGACCCUCAGUCGACGAAGCCUUGGCCACUUUAACCCAAAGCCCGUCAAUGCUCACACAAGAAGAACAGUUUACGACUGGAGACAAAAUCAGGCGCGUUUUCCACCCACUGGUUGUAGCAGACGCGGUGUCGGACAAGAUUGUCAAGUUACUUACUGCUAUUUUAAGUUUAUUCAUCAUUGUGUUGACGUGUUUAGUCGCAUUGGUCCCGAAUCCAACCAUCCAAAUACUGGCUGUGAUACCUGCUGUUUUCAUCAUAUUUAUCACAAUACUCAUCUGGAGACAGCCGCAGGAUCUGAGUUUCAAGUCGUUCAAGAUGCCCUUGGUACCAUUCAUCCCGGUGUUAAGUAUGACGGUCAACAUCUACCUGAUGUUCAAGUUAUCGAAGCAGACAUGGAUCCGGUUCGCAGUUUGGAUGGCAAUAGGUUUUGCAAUCUACUUUUUUUACGGAAUGUGGCACAGUUCUGAGCGAUUGCGCAAAAACCUCGAACCAGAUUUGCUAGCCGCCCAAGACGAAAUACAUGUACUUCCUAUACCAGAGGACGUUGAAGCGAAUAAAGAAGUCGAAAAUACUACUGAAAAUCUGAGCGGAUCUUCAUAAUCCAGGACCUGAAGGCAUUAUAAAGGCUCAUCUCCGCAUAAACGAUUCAGACAGCAUUUCACACAGACGACAUGUGUUAUUUUUAAAAGAUAUGUUACCGGCGUACCCCAUUGAGGUCUUUCUAUUGGUAAAAUCGUUCUGGACCAAUUUUUACAGUUAUGAUGUCAAAUGCAAAGUACUGUACAGCUAUUAUAGAUGUGUUGAACUACAUAUUUUUCUUAUUUUGUAUAAAGAAAAGUUGUUUCUGUUGUCUUAGACAAGUUGAUAGACUUCAUCGUACGAAAGUAUGUUGAUAGAUGCUCGUUUUAGAAAUGUAACUUAUUUUAAUGUUAAAAUGCAAACAAUCGCAUGUUAAAGGCAUUCUAUACGCAAUGUAUGUGAAUAAAUCAAAGAAACGAACGUGUUGUACCAAAUAGA